AUGUCAAUCACCAGCUUCACGGUCGGCUGGAUAUGCGCGUUAACAACGGAAUAUGUCGCGGCAAGAACUUUUCUCGAUGAGCAAUACGAACAAUCAGAAUCCGUGCUGCCAAACGACAAUAAUGCUUAUACUCUAGGCAGAAUAGGAGAUCACAAUGUCGUCAUUGCUGUGCUACCAAACGGGGAGUAUGGCAUAUCAUCUGCCGCAAGCGUCGCCAGAGAUAUGAUGCAUAGCUUUCCCGAUAUCAGGAUUGGUAUGAUGGUUGGCAUUGGUGGCGGUGCUCCAAGUCAGAAUCAUGAUAUCCGCCUAGGCGAUGUCGUGGUCAGCGUUCCCGGUGAUGGGAAAGGUGGUGUGUUUCAGUACGACUUUGGUAAAACUAUUCAGGACCAGAAAUUUAGGCAAACCGGGUUUUUAAAUCAGCCCCCCACUUCCUUACUUACAGCUGUGACGGCUAUUCGCGGCCAGUACGAAAUCCAUGGUCAUAAUAUCGAAAAGAAUAUAAACUUGAUUCUACAGAAGCACCCACGACUGCAGAGGAAGUACAGCCGGCCAGACCCAAGCGCCGAUAGAUUGUAUCAGUCCGCGGUUGUACAUUCGGUACAUGGUGACUCAAGCUGUGAGAUCGCCUGUGGUAUCGAUCCAUCACUACUCAUAGCUCGAGCCGAACGGACCCAGUAUGAAGAUGAUCCGGCAAUCCACUAUGGUGUUAUUGCCUCUGCAAACCAAUUGAUGAAAGAUGCCUUGGUCAGGGAUAGACUCGCCGCGGAAGAGGACAUCUUGUGCUUCGAAAUGGAAGCAGCAGGGCUGAUGAACCACUUUCCUUGCAUAGUCAUUCGCGGUAUUUGCGACUACUCGGAUUCUCACAAGAACAAGGAAUGGCAAGGCUACGCGGCGAUGACGGCCGCGGCUUAUGCGAAAGAUCUUCUCCAGCAGAUAGCCCCAAAAAGAAUUGAAACAGAGAGGAAAAUUGGGAAUAUUCUAUCCGGCCUCCACGAAGUUGCAGGAGAGCAGCUCAAGAUUGCAAAGGAGCAGCUUCAAAUUCAGAAAKACAACAUGGAACAAAUGCUGUCCAAAGAAGAGCAAGAAUGUCAUCAGCUCUUCCGUCUCACAACCGAUAGCACAGAUGCCACGUACGAGUGGUAUAAAGAGCGGGUGGAAGAAAGGGUGGAGGAUACAUGUCUGUGGUUUCUCAGACACGAGCACUUCCAGAGAUGGUUGGAACAGGAUUCUGGCCCUCUGUUAGUUACAGCAGACCCUGGCUGUGGGAAGUCGGUGCUGGCAAAGUAUCUUAUUGAGCAUGCUCUACCGCGAUCAAGUACCAUCUGCUACUUUUUCUUCAAAGAUCAAGACCAAAACACUGUCCGCCAAGCUCUUUGCGCACUACUUCAUCAGCUCUUUUCUCAGAAACCACCCUUGGUGAAACAUGCCACGUCACAAUUACGCAGGGAUGGAAAAGGUCUGAUAAACUCGACAGGAUCCCUUUGGGAUAUUUUGAGAAACGCCGUAAACGACCCCCAAGCAGGCCAGGUUAUCAUUGUCCUCGAUGCUUUGGAUGAAUGUAACGAAUCCGAAUUCUCGGACUUGAUCCAAAAUGUGGAGAGACAAGUCUACAACAACAAGCUUGGUCAUGGCAAGUUGAAAUAUCUUUUAACGAGCCGUCCAUAUGAGCAGAUUGUGUCCAAAUUCAACCGUCUCUUAGACGACUUCCCAGAAAUCCGUAUACCAGGAGAAGAGGACUCGGAAAUCAUUAGUCAAGAGGUAAAUCGCGUCAUCACCUAUCGUAUCAAUCAGCUGUCAAAAAGAAAGCGCCUUUCGACCGAACUCAAGAAUCAUUUGGAGCAGCGACUUCGACAGACAACUCAUCGCACUUAUCUCUGGGUAUACCUCGUGUUUGAUUACUUGGAGCAAGAGAACUUUAAGAAGACGAUGAAGGGGAUUGAGUCCACUGUUGUCACACUUCCCAAUAGUAUCAAUGAAGCCUAUGAGCAAAUUCUUAGCAAGUCUAAAGAAGAUCCGAUGGUCCAAAAGGUUUUAAGUAUCAUCUUGGCGGCUAGUCGACCACUGACACUUUCCGAAAUGAACAUUGCCGUUAAUGUUGAUUUCGACUCACAGUCUGUUCGCGAUCUUGACUUAGAAGAUGAAGAUGAUUUCAAAUCAAGGCUCCGUGGUUGGUGUGGAUUGUUUGUUUCAAUCCAUCAUGGAAAGAUUUACUUUCUUCAUCAGACUGCUCGCGAGUUUCUUCUUAUAGAUUUAGCAAAGCCUACUGCUACUCCUGUGAAUCUCCGCUGGCAUCACUCCAUUUCAGCCCGCAAGGCACAUACUGUUCUUGCGGAGUGUUGCGUGCUCUACAUAAACCUUUAUAACUCUGACGCCAGGUUCCCAACAGAUUCGGUAAAUGGAACCAAUGAUUUUGUCAAGAACAUCAGGUACUAUAGGUUCUUACCUUACUCGGCUGAAACCUGGGGCUUUCACUUUCGAGAAGCCAGUAUUGAUGAUGAUGAUGCUGCUAUCGUGCAGUUCGUUAUGAAAAUAUGUGAUACGGGCUCAAAGAGUUACGCAGCAUGGUCUAGUUUCUACUGGAGGACAGGACUGACUACCAGUACGAAAAGUCCCGAACGUCCCGAAAAUCUUACAGAUCUCAUGGUAGCGUCAUACUUUGGCCAUCAUGGGAUUGUUAAGGCACUUCUCAGAAGUGGUGCAGAGAUCGAUCGAAAGGAUACGAUGGGCCGGACUGCACUCUCUUGGGCGGCAGAGGAAAGAAAUUGGGUCGUAUUUGAGCUACUUGUUAUAGCUGGAGCGACGCUAGAUUGCAAGUACCACGUCUUUUACGAGGAGGCACAUGGUCUCAGCCGCGGAAAUGGCCGCUACUACCAUGAUGAUGAAGGACGUCUUUGUAUUUUUGAUGGUACUGGAGCGGAUCGCUUUAUUGGACAACGUGAACGUACACCUCUAUCGCGGGCAGCAGAGAAAGGGCACGAAGGAGCGGUCAAACUCCUUCUGGAGACCGGCAAAGUUGACAUUGACUGGAGGGAUCAGAGGACUUGGACGCCACUUUCAUGGGCAAUUGAAGCAGGGCAUUGCGGCAUUGUGAAGCUUCUUCUACAAGCAGGAGCGAAAGUAAAUUACCAAUAUGAUGUUCCUUAUGAGGCUUAUUUGAAGUUUGAAUUUACUACGCCUCUAUUACGAGCGGCAGAAAAAGGACAUGCAGUUGUGAUCGAGCUGCUUCUCGAGACUGGAAAAGCUGAUAUUGAAGGGAAGGACGAAAAAGGUUGGACAGCGCUAUCUUGGGCGGUGGAAGGUCGUUUUCACGACGUGGUCAAGCUUCUUCUCACGGCCGGAGCGACAGUGCACUAUCAAUAUAACGUUCAUGGAAUGGAGGCAAAAAAGUAUCAAAGUCAUGCGCACGCUAGUUAUGAGGCACGAAUUUAUCGACGUACUCCUCUAUCACGAGCGGCAGAACUAGGGGAUUUAGCAAUGGUUAAUCUUCUCAUUGAGACAGGUAAAGCUGAUGUUGACUGUGUAGACGAAUCGGGUUGGACGCCGCUUGCAUGGGCAGUCGAGGAACUCCGUUGGACCGUGGCGGAGCAGCUUGUAAGAGCUGGUGCGAACAUACAUCGUGAAUACAAGGUCUUUGAGAACUUUGCAUACCAUAUCUACACGCCCGUAUCACGGGCAAAAGAAGACGGGAAAGAAGCUGUGAUCAAAUCUUUCCUCGAGGCGAGUCAUAAUCAUCAUAUUAUAAUAUCUAGCAAUCUCAAUUCCUCACAAUUAGGGGAGCCUCCUUCGCUAGAAGACCCGCCAGGAACAUACACACGAGAUUCCAUUACAGCAGAAAGCGACCAAGAUCUCAAACAAUUUUCAGCAAAUCGCUACGCAGAGCCAAAGGCCCAUUGGUCUCAUGCGGAAGAUGUAGCUGAGAGCCCAGAAUCGAAUUCCAACCCUAGGGACGUGGAACAACCGCGCCCUUCAUGCUGUUGCAGCUGA